AUGGCGGCAUUGGACAGCGCCAUUGACUGGGUGGCAGCGGGCUGGAACCAGGGUCGCAAGGCACUGGUGAUUGCUGCCGACUUCAGUCGGGUGCAUCUGAAUACGAAGCAGGAGUUUGUGAUGGGUGGCGUGGCUACAGCGAUGCUCAUCAGCGAUCAGCCCGAAAUCAUUGAGAGUUUGAACUGGGUAAACGCGGCAACUGGACCACCAACAUUUAUGAUACGUAUCGACCUACAGCCCGGGAGGAACUGGGGAACAACGAAACCAGCCUCAUUGCGGGCAGUGGAAAAGAAAAAAUCCGAAUUGCGCGCGGACUUUGAGCGCAAGGUUUUACCUGCGCUGCGUAUUUCCAGGCUGGUGGGCAGUUGCUACGCUUCGAGCAAUUAUGCGGGGAUUGUCAGCCUGUUAUUGAGCUGUGAGGAUUUAGAGCCAGGCGAUCGGAUUGGUUUCUACGCUUAUGGUUCGGGUGCUAUCGGUGAGUUCUACAGUGCCAUCGUCUGUCCCGGUGCCCGUGAGAAAUUGCAGAAAUUGCAGAUGCUCGAAAAACUGGAAGCACGUUAUGAUGCCAGUGUUGCCGAGUAUGAGCAGAAUGAAGCAAUCCGCGAUUCUUAUGUCGAGAACCCGGACUUUGAGCCGGACUUUUCCCGGCCUCCAGGUGUGUUUGAGAAAUACUACAGAGGCCAGGGGCUUUAUGUUCUGAAGAGUGUCAAAGAAUAUCAGCGCAAGUAUGAAUGGAGUUGA